UCCAGUGUAAGAUCAUGUAUUUUACAAUUCUUGUAAGUUAUUUUUUUAUCACAAGUUGUGCCCAAGACGAAACUUUGAAAAACACAAUAAAAACAUUGUCAGACAAUUUAGGCAAAAUUGAGAAACAAACCCUUUCAACGGCUAUUUCCUUGGCUAAAAUUGACACUAAGAUCAAUAAUUUACAAGAGAGAGCCCACAUUUGGGACACUUUUCAGUUGCAUGUUUCAGCCUGGAACGAGCAAUUGGCCAUUUUGGACCGCAAAAUUGACAUUUUAAACAAAGGUCAAGAAAAAUUGAUGGCUUUUGAGUCAAAACUGAGCGCUUUGUCAAACAUUGAGUACAAAAUUGAGGAAACUCUGUCGGUUUUGAAAGGAAAAAAUAGAUUUGAUUUGGGAGAACUUGAAAAAAUGCUUUCGCAACAAAAAGUUCUAAUCAAAAUUAAAGGCGAAAAAAAGCCAAAGUUAAUAAUAAAAUGGAAAACUCCCCGAUUGGUUGAAGAGUUCUUAAGGGAUAUUUCGUCCAAAGUGGACAUAAUUUUUGACAAAAUUAGUGACGAUGAAGAUUAUUACAGUGCUAAAUCUGGAAAAACACGUAGAGAAGUGUCUGAAAAUCAAAAUAUUCAGGAAAAAUUGCUGGAAAUUGAGAAUAUUUCUUUGACAAUUUUAAGACAUGUGGAAACACACUGCAACCCGGAAAAAUCCGGUUGUGACGAUUUAAACAACAACCACCCUAGCGGUGUUUACAUUUUCGGAAAUUUGGGCAAAAUUACAAAAAGAUUUUGCGAGAUUCGUGAAAAUGUCUGGACUGUGAUUCAACGCCGUGACAAUUUUUCUUCACUUCAAAACUUCAAUUUGAGUUGGAGUGACUACAAGUACGGUUUUGGGGACCCCACGAGAGACUUUUGGCUCGGUAAUGAUUUCAUAAGCAAACUAUCGAACGAAAAAUCUUUAAUCUUAAGAAUCGAGUUGGAGGAUUUUGAUGGUGGUCAAGUUUGGGCCGAAUAUUCCAGAUUUUUGGUCCUCCCAGAGGAAAAAAACUACCAAGUGGUGAUAGGAAAAUACAGGGGAAACGCUUCCGAUUCAUUUUCAAGCCACAAUGGUUCGUUUUUUAGCACUUUUGAUAGAAAAAACGACCAAGCGCCUGAUUGUUGCCCUUGUGCUGUUUCCUACGGGGGUGGUUGGUGGUUCAACAGCUGUUUUGAGUCGAAUUUGAACGGGUUAUACCACAGAAAAGGAGUGGAAAAUGGUUAUUUUAGUGGCAUUAUUUGGGAAAAGUGGUUGGGUGAUUACUCCUUGAAGAGGAGUUUAAUGAUGGUAAAACCUGUCACUUCAUUGCCCUAA